AUGAAACUGUUAAAAGGGUCAAAUAGUGGGAGCAUAAAGCUACGAGUUAAGCCGUUCUUUCUUGAAACUGGACCCACAAAAGUUGAGAAAGAAGAAGAAGAAGAAGAAGAAGAAGAAGAAGAAGAAGAAGAAGAAGAAGAAGAAGAAGAAGAAGAAGAAGAAGAAGAAGAAGAAGAAGAAGAAGAAGAAGAAGAAGAAGAAGAAGAAGAAGAAGAAGAAGAAGAAGAAGAAGAAGAAGAAGAAGAAGAAGAAGAAGAAGAAGAAGAAGAAGAAGAAGAAGAAGAAGAAGAAGAAGAAGAAGAAGAAGAAGAAGAAGAAGAAGAAGAAGAAGAAGAAGAAGAAGAAGAAGAAGAAGAAGAAGAAGAAGAUGAUAGAGAAGAAGAAGAAGAUGAUGAAGAAGAUGAUGAAGAAGAUGAUGAAGAAGAUGAUGAAGAAGAUGAAGAAGAAGAUGAAGAAGAAGAAGAAGAAGAAGAAGAAGAAGAAGAUGAAGAAGAAGAAGAUGAAGAUGAAGAAGAAGAAGAUGAAGAUGAAGAUGAAGAAGAUGAAGAUGAAGAAGAAGAAGAUGAAGAAGAUGAAGAAGAAGAAGAUGAAGAAGAUGAAGAAGAUGAAAAACGCAAACGCAAUAUAGUGGAGGUAUUCUCUUAA